AUGGAUGCACCUCAAAACACCGUCCAGUGCGUACUGGUUGUCGAAGGAAGCCCAAGCAUCUGGAUUCUGUCGGCUCAACACAAGCCAGUCUGGGGUCACGAAGCCAUCCCGCUGUUCUACCUCGUCUGGGCGGACUUUAUCCCAAAGGAAAUUGUCGACAGCUUUGGUGGGGGAGUCAUGGGACUCUAUUGCAGGAUGGCACUUCUGGUGGGCGUCGUGUCAGAGUGGCUUUUGUUCAUCCACGGACUGGCGCGAAGUUCAGGCAUCGCCGCGACUUUGGCGCCCUACCCGCUUUGGGCUUUGUUCGACCUCGAAACGGUAGCGAGGGGGCUGAUCACGGUCCUUGUGGUUCCGUUGUGGUCUCUCGCGCUUGCGGUUAGGACGGUGUGGGAUUCUGGCGUGAGCGAUUUUGUGUCGGCCUCGAGGGAGUUCUGGCAACUGGGUAUGGGUUGGCAGGUGCACUUGAACCAGCAACUUCGUCUUGGGCUCAUUCUGGGCGUUGUUGCGAGCCUUAUGUGGUGA